AUGGCCUCCUACAAGAUUGCCGCUCCCGAUGAGUACCUUGCCAUCACUGGCAUGGGUGUCAAUACCCUCAAAAUCACAAAGGCAGCAUGGGUUUGGCCCUUCCAGCGCUGCAUGCGCUUCAGCGUGCAACCCCACGACUACGCCAUGAGCCUCCAGGCCAUGACCAAAGAAAAGCUCCAAUUUCUCCUCCCCGUCGUCUUCACCGUCGGUCCCGAUGUCAACCAACGAGGUGCCAACAUCCGACGACUCGGUGGUGGCGUUCAUGAUGAGCCAGGAAAGCCCGGCGAUGAACAUGACGUGGCCAUGGCCGUCUCCGACUCGGUAGUUCGCCGGGAAGACCGGGGCGAUGCCCUUAUGAAGUUCGCCAUGCUCUUGGCCGACUCAGGCCGCGACAAGGGCCCCAACAACCAUGACUUCCUCGAGGGCAUCGUCAAGGGCAUCAUCGAAGGUGAAGUCCGUGUGCUCGUCUCGGCCAUGACCAUGGAAGAGAUCUUCUCGGAGCGUGAAGAAUUCAAGCGUCGCAUCUUCCGCAACAUCCAAUCCGAGCUUGACCAAUUCGGCCUCAAGAUUUAUAACGCCAACGUCAAGGAGCUCAAGGACGCUCCCGGAUCGACCUACUUCGCCUCGCUCUCGCAGAAGGCGCACGAGGGUGCAACCAACCAAGCCCGUAUUGACGUCGCCGAGGCCCAGCUGCGCGGUAACGUCGGCACGCAGAAGCGCAAGGGCGAGGAAGCGCGCGAGAUCGCCAAGAUCCAGGGAGAACAAGACCGCGAGCUGGCCAAGAUCCAAGCCGAGACGCAAGUCCAGAAGACGGAGCGGGACAUUGAGAAGGCGACAGCCGAGGCCGUUCUCAAGACACGCAAAGUCGAGCUCGAUCGGGACGUGCAAAUCGCGGGUAUCCAAGCCGCCCGCAAGACCGAGGCCGAGGAUGAAGACCUCAAGCGUGAAGUGCAGAUCAAGCGCGCCGCCGCCGAGAUGGAGCGUCUCCGUGCCACGGACGUUGUCAAGGCGAGCAUCGCCCGUGAAGCCAAGCAGCAAGCGGCCGACGCCAGGGCCUACGAGAUCGAGAAGGAGGCCCAGGCCAACUUUGAGAAGGACAAGCAGGCCACCGAGGCCACCGCCUACAAGACCAAGGUCGGCGUGGACGUGAAGGUGUACCAGAUCGAGGCAGAAGCCAAGGCCAACUUUGAAAAGGCCAAGCAGCACACCGAGGCGGGCGUGUAUGAGACCAAGGUUGGUGCCGACGCGCAGUCGUAUGCGGCCAUCAAGCUGGCGGAUGCAGAGCUCCAACAGAAGCUGAGGGCGGCGGAGGGUAUGAGCGCCAUGGCGGAGGCGUAUGCCAAGAUGAGCCACGCGUUUGGCGGUCCUCAGGGUCUGCUGCAGUACAUGAUGAUCGAGAAGGGCACGUAUGUCGAGCUGGCCAAGGCGAAUGCUGAGGCUAUCAGGGGAUUGCAGCCCAAGAUUAGCGUGUGGAACACGGGCGCCGAGGCGGGCUCGGGGGGCGAGCAGAGCAGCACGGCGACCAUGAGGAACAUCUACCAGAUGCUGCCGCCGUUGAUGACGACCAUCAACGAGCAGACGGGGAUCACGCUGCCAGAGUGGCAGUUUGGACGGAUGGCUGGACAGAUGUCGGAGGUGGAGAGACGGGGACAGGGACAGGGACCCAACGGGCAGAAGUAA